UUUGCUUUACAGCUGUAUUUAAAAAAGUAAACAAUAAAUCGUCAUCAACAAUUUUUGUAUAAUUGAAUAAUUUUUUCUUAUAUCCUUUUCCAAUUAAAAUAUAUAUUAAAUUAUCAAAAUGCCCACUUUUUAUUUCGUUAUUGUGGGCCAUAAUGAUAAUCCUAUAUUUGAAAUGGAAUUCACAACAGUUAGCAAAGAAAUGAGAAAAGAAGACCAUCGUCAUUUGUCUCAGUUUAUAGCACAUGCAGCUUUGGAUUUAGUUGAUGAACAUAAAUGGAAAACUCCAAAUAUGCAUUUGAAAUCAAUAGAUCGGUUUAAUCAAUGGUUUGUAUCUGCAUUCGUAACUGCUAGUCAGAUACGAUUUCUUAUUGUCCACGAUAAUAAAAAUGAUGAAGGCAUUAAGAAUUUCUUUAAUGAAGUCUAUGAGACUUAUGUAAAAUAUUCAAUGAAUUCUUUCUAUAAAGUAAACACGCCUAUUAAAUCUCCCAUGUUUGAGAAGAAGGCUCAAUUGUAUGGUAGAAAAUAUUUGUUAUCUUAAAUUGAUUCAUAUUUAAUAUAAAUUAUAGUUGUACGUAAUCUAAAUAAAUAAGUUUUUAAUUUAAAAUAAAUCAUAUACAUAGUUAAAUUUAUAAAAUAUCACUAUGAUUUUUUUUCUAAAAACUCAGUAAGGAGUAAAUUUAUUUGCUUUUAGGGUACACUUGUAUCGCUCCAUGGUUUCAGCAGUUAUUUUAUUAAUAAUGUCAUUCUUUAAUUCUUUUAAAAUGGUUACAAAAUUGGCUAAAAUUUAGUAUUUAUAAAAAAUUGAAUGGGCAAUAUUCGAUAAGUAUUUAACGCUGUUAAUAAUCACAAUGUUAUGAUAAAAUAUUUUCAAACAUUUUUUUUAAAUCUUUAUAGUUGAAAUAAUGGACCGAUUUCAAAUAUGUAUUAUUAAAUUAUAUUAGAAAUUGUGGACUGCAGUUUUAUUAUAAUUCACAUGGACAAUCCGACUAUUAUAUUCAAAAUGGGUAUCUGAAUAAUACUUUUGUUUGUCAAAAAUAUCGGAACAAAUGCAUAAUAUCCUUUCUACUAUAGUGUAGGGAUGAUAAAUGGAAUUUAAAAAUUGUAUAAAACAGCAUUAAGAAUGUACUUUUUUAUUCUGAUUAUACCAAAUCAAUUUUUUCACAAAUUUAUAUCAAUAUAUAGAAUAAAACAAUUUCAAUCCCAUUUCUUUAGUGAGUAGACUUAAAAAAUAAAGGAUGGGCGUAAUGAGAACAGCAUCAGUUCAUGAAACAAAUUAAAAUGUAGUUAUUACAUCGUAUUUCACCGUUUGACAUUUGGUAAAAAAAUUUCCGAAAUCAGUAUUCCUUUAGGAAUUUUUGCCAAUUUCAGCAAAAAAAAUGAGAAAAGAAGUAGAUUUUUCACCACAAAUAACAUACUUGAAGUACUUCUAAUUUUGGUGAAAAACCUAUGAAUUUUACAUUAGCGUGUCAUUGGAGGGAUAUUGUUCAUUUUUGACAACUAUUAACUUCAUAUAAUCUUAUUCAUAGAUGCAAUAAAAAUCCAAUAUUUGGAUGUCAAAAAUAAACAUACCUAAUUCGUUCAAUGACAUCCUUAUGUUAAUUUCAUUAGUUUUUCACCAAAGUUCAUUAGUUUUUAACUGGGUUUCCAUUUGUAAGGAAAUAUUUGGUUUAUAAAAGCGUAAAAUAUAUAAUCGCAUUUUUAGAAGUGAUUAAGAUGUCGUUUGUAAAAUAUGACAUCAAUUAUUUUUUGCUGGGACCAUUUGAAUUCUUGAUAGCUAAAAUUGAGAAAAAAUUAAUAAUUAAAAAUAUUGUACGACAUUUUUUGCAUAAUAAUCUUUUUUUCUUCAUUUUUAUUUCUUUACAUAUGUAAUACACGUAAUAAUAUAAUUUAUAGUAAUAUAUGUUAUGCAAUGCUUAAAUGCAUUUGAUUUUUUCAUAAUUGAACUAAAUAUUUAUAAUUUUUUUUUUUUAUAAAAUUAUGUUUAUCUAAAAACUAAAACAGACAAUAAAAGAAAUAAAGGAACGAAAAAUAUUUGUUGUAUAGGAGAAAAAAUGCUUUUAAAUAAAAUAAAAAUAUUAUUUAUAUUGUGUGAAUUCUUAGUUAAACAAUGACUAAUUUAUGUACUUUAAAGCAAAAAAAAAUAAAAAUAAAAAAAUAAUAAUAAAA